AUGGCUAUAUGUGUAAGGUUGCAGGGCCAACCAUCCACUGGAGCACUGGCAGUCUACCAGGAGCCACAUCCCUGUAGAAAACUAAUUGUCUCUUAUCGAUCAACUGUCACAUCAACAUUUCAAGAACCACACAGUUCUACUGGAUCUGUGGCUUCAGUGCUCACAGCAACACCCGAGACAAGCACAAGGAUGUUGGACACAAGCACAGCAACACGGACCACUUCAGCUUUACCCUGGAGAAGCAGCAUGCCUUCACUCUUGGCCACUCUAAAAGGCGCAAGAAACUCAAAGGAAGCAGUGACCAUCAGGGAAGCUGCCAGCUCUGCUCCCCACAUAUCUGAAUCAGUUUUGUCUAAAACCACACUGUCCACCUUGAUCCCCGAAACCACAGAGAAGAGCAAUGUUUCUGCUUCAGUGAAUACAUCGAACUCUGCAAGGACUGACACACGCAAUGGGGCUGAAUUGAGUAAUACCCUUCUGUCAGACACACCCAUGACUGUUACUGUGGUAGAAACUAACAUGCCUGAGAUGAGUUCAACCACAGAGCUUACUGAAGUGUCCUUUACAAAUUCUGUCCUUGUAUCCAGAACAGAACCUACUAACAGCACCUCCUAUUCAAGCCCUCAUCAGCCAGUCAAGCCAGAAGAAACCUCCAGUGAAAUGUCCACUGGGCCCCCAAACUCUAUCACUAGCACAGAGAUUACCACUAGUCAGACAGGACAUUUUGUGGUGACCCCAAACAUGGUCUCCCAAGGCACACUGGAAACUUCCUCAAUGGCUAAAAUGCUUUCUAAUGUCUCUCAGAGUUAUCCAUUGUUAGUGACAUCCACUAUUCUCAGCACAAGUUAUGUUGCCCCAACCCAGACAAAAUCCUCAUCACUGGAAGGAAUCAUCUCUGAACUUCCCUGGGGAUCUACAGUCAGAACAAACUCUUCAUCACCAGUUAAUUCCACAUCACAAAGGCAUAGUAACUCUCUGCCUAUUACCUAUAAUAGUACUGAGCAAGGUUGGAACACAGCUUGGAUACAAUCUAGCACACUUGAAAACAUGGAUUUAACCACAGAGUAUGGUCCUAACCAUACUGAAUUGCCCAUAAACAUUUCUCUUCUUAAAUCCUGGACAAGGGACAUGUCUACUGGGAACACAUCCCUUACAAAGCUACAUGAACCAACAUCAGAAGAAACAUCCAGAGUAAUCACCAUCAGAACCCCUGGUUCAAGCAUCAAUCCAAAAUCACAAGGGUUGACAAAUAGUCACAAUGGACAUUCUGUGGUGACAUCAAACAGGGUAACUUCUGAAAACAUAUCAACCUCUGCCUCAAUCAAGGACACUAACUCCAGUGGAAUACAUACAUUUCCACAUUCAGAAGCCAUGGCUCCUACCAAUAAUAUUGCUUCAGAAACAUUAACACCUAUUUCUUGGGAAGUAUCAAUGUCUGUAGAUUCCAUAACAAUGCCACAUGAGUCACAUUCACCUUCUGCUAUUUCUUCCACGAUAGACAAACACAACAGAUUAUCUACUAAUUCUCUGGAUUCUAUCAUCACAAUUUCUAAGGCCCUAAUCCCAACAGACUUGUCCACAAGCUCAGGACCUGUGGUUGACUCAAUUCUAAGCUUAAGUAGCAGUCCUCAGACAAGUCUCAACACUGCACAAACAUCCAGUAUCUCACAGAUGACCAUGGCUUCCUCCGUCACAAAAGGAAACCAUGUGGAAGAUGGGAGUUCAACACCCCAACUCAAACACACUAUUACAACUACACCAGUCUCCUCUGAAAAUGAAUAUUUCACAAUAGUUUCAACCAACUCAGGAGGCACCACACUUUCAUCUUCACAAUCAAUCUCAUUUGCAACUGCAGAGAUGGGAAAACAGACAGCUUCCACCUUGAACAUAGCAUGGAAAAAUAACAGUAAAUCUGAAGUAGCACAUGCAACAAAAGGAAUGAAUACUAGACAGACUGAUGUGUCCACCAUCCCUUCUCUUCAAGUGUCUCAGAAAGCAGCCAUGUUUGAGCACAGCACAUCCUUCUCAAUGCCACAUCAGUCAGCAUCAGAAGAUACUUCCACUGGAAUCUCCACCAAGCUCCCUAGAUCUACAACCACUCCAGAAUCACAAGAAGUCAGCCACAGGGGACAUUCUGUGGUGACAUCAAACAUGGUGACUUCCCAAGACACAUCAACCACUGCUUCAAACACAGAGACCCAGCACAGUGGGACACAAACAUCUCUACUUUCAGAAUCUGUGGGUCAUUCUAUCAAUUCACCAUCCUCAUCUUGGACUCAUUCAACUUGGGAAGGGUCCAUGUCUGCAGGUUCAACAAGGCCUACACCUGAUACACCCUCACAUUCUCCAGUUCCUGCCAAUGCAGAGAGAUACAGCACCAGCUCUCCCAUUUCUGUCACCUCUAUCUUCACAGUUGCUCAGGAUCCAAUCCCUUCCAGACUAUUUACAGCCUCAGGAUCAGUGACUCAUUCAAUACCAAGCUCCAGCAGUGCUCAACUGUCCACAAUCUCACAGAAAACCUCUGUUUCCUCACUCACACCAGAGAACGGCAUGGAAGAUGGGACUUACACACCCCAUGCCAAACACACAAUCACAUCUACAUCAGCCUCACCAGAAAAGAAAUCUUUCACAACCAUUAUGCCCAUCAUGGAACAUACUAGACCUUCACCUUCACAGCCAGUCUCGUCUGAAAGCACAGAGACUGAGACAGGCACAGCUUCCUCCCUGAGGACAGUAUGGGCAGAUUUCAGUACAUCUGAAGACAUAAAUUCAACCACAGAAUACAGUCCUAGCCAGAGUGGACUGCCCACUAGCCCUUCCCUUUUUGAGUCUAGGACAGGAGCCAUGUCGGAUGACAGCACAUCUCUUCCAACCCCUCAUCAGUCAACAUCAGAAGAUACUUCCACUGUAAUCUCCACCAGUCUCCCUACCUCAGCCAUCAGUACAGAAUCAGAAGAGAUGACAAGCAGACCCAUGGGACACUCUCUAGUUAUGACAGACAUUUUUACGUACCCAGACACAUCCAACACUACCUCAGUCAAGGACACGCACUCCAGUGGAAUGCAUACAUAUCCACAUUCAGAAUCCACAGUUCCUUUCAACAGUCCUGCUUCAGCAUCAUGGACACUUACUUCUGGGGAAGGUUCUGUGUCUACAGAUUCCACAGCAACAUCAGGGUUACUUUCACUGAUCCCUGGUGCUUCCUUGCCAGACAGACACAGUAGUCACUCUCCUGAUUCUGUGGCCUCUGUUUUCACAGUUACCAAGGAUCUAUUCCCAACAGAUUCACAUAUAAAUUCAGAUCCUGUGACUACUUACAUUCCAAGCUGGAGCACCAUUUCUCAGCAAAGCUCAAACACUGCACAUGCUUCCCAAAACUCAAAGAUGAGUAAAUUUUCCUCAGUCACACCAGGGUCCAACGUAAAAGCCAGCAGUUCUGUACCCCAAUUAAAACACACCGUCACACCUACAUCAGUGUCAUCUGAAAAUAAAGCUUUCCCCACUACCCUUCCCAUCACCCAAAUAUCUACUCUUUCACCUACACAGCCAACAUCAUUUGAACAUGAAAAGACUGGGACAGAGACAUUUACCCUCCUGACAACAUUGACACAAGCUAAUAUACCUGAGAAGCUGCACUUGAGCACAGAUUUCAUUAGUAGCCAUUCUGAAGUGCCUUACAGUUCCUCUCUUCCUGCAUCCAGAACAGUAUCCAUGUCUCCUGAUAACACAAUAUUUCCAAUGCUUCAGCAGUUUACUUCAGAAGAUACCAAGUUUACAGCAGAAGAUAUGUCUAGUGGAGUUAUCACCAAGCUUUAUGGCUCCAACAUCACAGAAUCAGAAGAAAUAUCUACCAUCCAGAUUGGGGAUUCUGAAGUGACAUCAAACAUGGUCCUCUCCCUGGAAACAUCACCUGUGUCUUCAGUGUCCUACAAUCUCACUAGUUUCACUCCAAUUCCCCUAGUCACAGAAACAUCCACUUUUCUAAGCCAAAGUUAUGAAGUCCCAUCAAUUGCAACUUUUCCAACUCUGAAAGAAAGCCAGCCUGCCAAUUCUCCAGGAUAUCUUGAUGGCUCUAACUUAACUUCCCCUGGUACUUCCACAGUAGAACACAGCACCCCAUCUCCUAGUUCUGUGGUCUCUGUCUUCACCUCUUCUAGGGAGGUAAUCACAACUGGGUUGGAUAUUCAUGAUUUGUCUACUUCACUUCCAAAUUGGAGCAGUAGUACACAUUCAAGCCAAGAGACUUCACAGGUCACCAAAUUCUCACAGACAGGCUCUGCUUCCUCUCUUAAAGCAGAGACAAUAAUGGAAGCCAGCAAUUCCAUACCCCAAUCCAAAUUCUCCAUUUCAGAGUCCAUUACAGCUGGCAGAGUCUCCACAAAAAGCCCUUUUUAUUUCUCAGCAUCAGAAGACAUCACCACUGGAAGCAUUCCCAGCCACAUUACCUACCCUAGCACAAAAGAACACAUAGAGUUAACCUCCAUCUUUGAGGCAGGUAAUUCUGGGUCUUUAUUAUAUGAUACCCUAUCCAGGGACACUGCAACCACUGUUUCUAUGGCAGAGUUUUCUUCACCUGAGCCUCAAACAUCUCCACAUUUAGCAUUGAUAUCUCAAUCCAAGAGUUCUGAGGAACAGUCACAUGUAAGUUCCUUACCCAAGAAAAAACACACUUCUUCAGAUUCAGCAUCAACUGUGAUUGAGAAAACCACACCUUCGCCUGUUAUUUCUACAUCACAAGUACAAAAUGUCUCUUCCCUUGAUUUUGUGACGGCACUUGUAACUUCUAUUCAAGAGACAACCUCAAAUGGAAAAGACAAAAGUGUAGCUUCUGGGAGUACCUCAAUCCAAGGCCUGGAUACCACAGAGAUUUCAACUCUAGGUCCUUCAAAUAACAUAAGGAACUUGAAGACAAGUCACAUUUCCUCUAAAAACCCAACAACUAGAGUAAAAACCAAUAGUCCAGGAGUGCAUUCCCAAAGCACUGUCCUAGUUAAUUCAAUUCCAUCAAGAAUAACAACUGUAAUUAUGACCUCACAAAGUAAUUGGGACACAAAACUUUCUACAUUAAUGCCCUUAUCUAAACCUGCUCAUACAGAAACUCAGAAAGAUUUCCUGCUAACUUCAGUAGAACAGGAAAUGACCAUGUCUGAAGAUACUAACUUGAUGACAAAAUCCAAUUCUGAUCUUUUCAUAGUACCCACUAGGACUUCUACAGGGUUUACAAGAACAGAAGCUAACUCAACUGAGAGACUAUCUAUUGCAAGCUCUGGAUCCUUCACAAAGACAACAGACAUCUCAGUGGGAAGUACUUCCAGUAUCUCUACACUUCCCUUCCCAGAUAUUGGUAUCAGUCAAGUAAUUAAUGCUGCAGAAUCAUCCAAAAUCACCACUCUUUGGAACACAUCAGGUACCAGUACUGAUACUGGGGCCCUCUCUGCAGCAACUCAGACAUUUCUACACCCAGACUCCGUGACUUAUCUCAGCAGUUCUGAGUCACUGUCAUGGACAGGUCCCCCAUCCCAUGAAGCAACUCCCUCUGUGAAUUCUGCAGAAAUACCUGGGACAACAUCAUCUUUUCCUGCUACUUCCACAUCAGAAGGACAAAGUCUCUCCUCUCCUACUUCUAUGCCCCCCACAUUCUCUUUUGGGCAAACAACCACAAAGGAAUUGGACACAAACUUACCUUCCUUUACAACUUUAUUUCCAAGCUGGAGAAACAGUGAGUUAGCCACUUCAAAGGACACCAGAACCUCUCAAACAUCUUACUCUUUCACCAGAACUGAAGUAUCCAGUGUGGACAUAACCACUCCGGGACCCCAGUUCCAAAACACUGUACCAUUUGAUGCUGCUUCACCAGAUGGUUCUGCCUCUUCCUUGUUGACAUUACCAACAAAGACAUCACCUUCUUCUGCUUUCUCUCUAUCAUCACAUAGUUCAAACCCCACUUCUUUUCCUGAGACUUCAUUCUCCACCUCUGAGUCUUUUAAGACAACAGAUACAUUGAGCAGAAGCUUGGAAACUGGAACAAGUUCACUUCCAAAUUUGAGCAGCACCUCACGUGAAAUAUUGGGCUUAUCUGAAGUUACUACUGAUACAGAAAAUUUUUAUUCUUCCUCAAAAUUCAAAGUAACCAACAUGAAGACCAUCAGUACGGGACAUGAGCUAAGUUCCUCUGUACCAAUACCCCCUGAAUCAUCCAGGGACGCCUAUAAAAUGGGUCCUUCUUCCUCCAUAUGGGUGACUUCUAUGUCCACACCAUUGCCUGCUUAUUUAGAGACUACGAGAUCUGAUACUGAGCAAUUUUCCCAUUUGACUUCUGGAUUGAGGGACACUAGCAUGUCCCUCCAAACAAAGAUACCUUCAGCUCCUGUGUCCACUCUCAUUUUACCAAGUUCUGAGAGUGCUGUCAUCACUUCUGCUAUGAACAUAUCAACUCCACGUCAGACUCCAUCUUCACAGUUUACUGAAGCUCCGGUAGAAACGAUCACUAUCUUAAAUCCUUCUUCAUCUAUUGUAGAGUCUACUGGGGUAACAUCCUUCCCAGAAUCCAAUUUUACUAUGCCUUCACCGGAAAGUACUCAUGUUCCAAGAACUGAUAUGUUACCUUCAGAUGAGACCACUUUUAUUGAAACAACAACCCUUUCUCCAACAGAAGAGAUGGCUUCAUUUGCCACAACUAGCAUUCCAAAAGGCAGCUCAGCUGUGACUUCUAGCAGUCCUCUUUCUAUUACAAAAUCAAGUCGUGGAGAUGUUUUGGUUUCCACCAUUGUAGAAAAGCUACCUUCUUCAGCUUCUACACCACUGCCCUUUCCUGCUUCCACUGGCACUGACUUUACAAGCAGCCCAGCCCUCCACAGGAUUACUCCUUCAGAAACAGAAGACGACACACAGUCCCACACAGAGAUACCUGAUGGAGCUGCCCAUGGAGACACUGCUGGCCUGGGAAAGGGCCCUCUGGCUUCUACAUCACCUACUAGCCCUAAAGAGCUAACCACAAAAGGGACAGUAAAAGUGGAGACCCCUGCCACAGCUCUGAAGGCUACUUCCACUGCCACUUCAACCACCAAAAUCCCUACUACAACUUCAAGACCCUUGACUCACCUCAAGACACCAGAGAAAAUAGGCAACAUAAACACAACAGAGAUGAUUAUCACAGCCUCAGAUGCUUCCCAUGAUGUCCUAGGGAUAGCAGCAUCAUUUCCUACAGGCUCUGAAGAAAACACUAGCAUGGUCCUCAGGACAAGACCAUCAUCUUACAGUAAAGAACCAGAGAGCACAGCCCUAUUGAUCCCCAGUCUUAGGACAGAGACCAGCCCAGAUGUUCAUACUUUGAACAUCUCCUCUGGUGAGUCUGAUACAGUCUCAUGGGUCACCCAUCCUUUAGAGAUAACUUCACCUGUUGCCAAGAUAACCAUGAAUAUUUCUCAAGGUGAAUCCGAUUCCAUAGUGUCCACAGCCACCACUCCCAGAGGAGAAGUCAGUUCAACUUUUCCAGCAUUAACUGUUUUAUCUACUAUACCAGAUUUGGCAACCUAUGAACAGAAAACCAGAUCAUCUGCUCCAACUAUAGAUAUCUCAUCUAGCAUUCCAGAUAUGAUAACCUCAGAAGGCCACACUUCUGAGGAAGGUUCAAGAACAUCCAAACCAAUUCUGAUGCCUCAACCUUCUGAGCCACAUACCAAAAUUUCUCUGAUCUCUCAUUCUGGGGGAAAAACUAGUUCACCCAUGUCUACUGUUGCUGUCUCUCCAGGUGCAUCUAGCUCUGAGACAGGAAUCCAUACCAGAAAUUGGACUAUUUCCCCAGGUCAACCAAAGACCACAAACUCAUGGACCAUGAAUCCUGGAACAGAAGUGAAUUCAAGGAUGCUAACUACAACAAUCUCACCUAGUGUUCUAGACAUGGUGACCUCAAAAUCUGUGAACCAAACUCCUAAACUACAGACCACAAUUUCAUUGAUAACCGAUGCUGGAGAAGAUCUCAGUUCAGCCAUGUCUACUCUGGCUGUCUCUCCAGGUAUAACAGAAGUGACCACAUCACUGCUCACUAACUUAAGUACAGAAAGCCAUGCAACAACUUCAACUCUAACUUCUUCCCCAAGACUACGAGAGAAAACAACAUCUUGGAUCAACAACCCUGAAAUAGAAGCAGCCAUUUCAGGGAUUCAAACUACAAACUCAGUAUCUAGUGUUCCAGACAUGAUGACCUCAACCAUCCUGAACCACACUCCUGCUGAACCACAGAAGACAGCAUCAUUGGCCACUCACGCUGGGAAACAACACAGUUCAGCCAUGAAUAGCAUGGCAGUCUCACAGGGUAUAACAGAAGUGAUAUCGUGGGUCAAGAGCUUGGGCACAGAAAGCCACAGAGUGACUUCAAAUACAACUUUAUCCCCCAUACAACCAGAGGUUACAACACCAGGGGUAACUCAUCCUGGAAGAGAAGAUACUUCAGGGGUUCUAAGUACAAUGAACUUACCUACGGUUCCAGGCAUGAUGACCUCAACAAUUCUGACCCAGACUCCUUCUGAAGCACAGACAAUAACAUCAUUGGUCACCCAUCCCGAUGGACACCUCAGUUCAUCCAUGUCUACUCAGGCUAUCUCUUCAGGGAUAACAGAAAUGAUGACAUCACAGGACACUACUUCUAAGACAGAGACACAUGGAACCAGCACAGUUCUACUUGUUUCCCCAGGACAAACAGAAACCACAGCCUCAUGGGCAACUCACACUGAAAGAAAAGGCACUUCAGGUGUUCCAAAUAGCACCAUUUCAACUGGUGUUCCAGAUCUUGUUACUUCCACAACUCCUAUUCCUUCUGAACCACAUUCCACAGUUUCAUUUGUCACCCACAUUGGUGAACAGCCCAAUUCAGCCAUGUCUACUCAGGCUGUCUCUUCAGGGAUAACAGAAAUGAUGACAUCACCAACCACUACUUCUUGGACAGAGGCACAUGAAACCAGUCAAGCUCUACAUAUAUCCUCAGGACAAACAGAAACCACAGCCUCAAAGGUGACUUCUGCUAAAUGGGAAGAUACUUCAGGUGUUCUAACUACUACCAUUUCACCUAGUGUUCCAGACCUUGUUACUUCCACAACUCUUAUUCCUUCUGAACCACAUUCCACAAUUUCAUUUGUCACCCACAUUGGUGAACAACCCAAUUCAGCCACGUCUACUCUGGCUGUCUCUUCAGGUACAACAGAAAUUAUACCAUCACUGUCCACUAGCUCUGGCACAAAAACCAAUUCAACAGCUACAACUCUGGCACUGUCCACAGAUCAAACAGGGACCAGAGGUACAUGGGUCACCCAUUCUGUAAAGGCAGCCACUUCAGAUGUUAUAACUACAACCCUCUCAUCUAGUGCUCCAGAGAACUUAACUUCAACAAUUCUGACCCACACUCCUUCUGGAACACAGACCACAAUAUCAGUGGUUACCCAUGCUGAGGCACAACCCAGUUUAUCCAUGUCUACUGAGGCUGUCUCUUCAGGGAUAACAGAAAUGAUGGCAUCACAGGACACUACUUCUGGGACAGAGGCACAUGGAACCAGUCCAGCUCUACUUGUUUCCCAGGGUCAAACAGAGUCCACAGCCUCAUGGACAACACAUGCAGAAAGACAAGACACUUCAGGUGUUCUACCUAACUCCAUUCCAACUGGUGUUCCAGAUCUUGUUACUUCCACAACUCCUACUCCUUCUGAACCACAUUCCACAGUUUCAUUUGUCACCCACAUUGGUGAACAGCCCAAUUCAGCCAUGCCUACUAUGGCUGUCUCUUCAGGUAUAACAGAAAUGAUACCAUCACUGGCCACUAGCUCUGGCACAAAAACCAAUUCAACAGCUACAACUCUGGCAGUGUCCACAGAUCAAACAGGCACCACAGGUUCAUGGGUCACCCAUUCUGUAAAGGCAGCCACUUCAGAUGUUAUAACUACAACCCUCUCACCUAGUGCUCCAGAGAACUUAACCUCAACAAUUCUGACCCACACUCCUUCUGAAACACAGACCACAAUAUCAGUGGUUACCCAUGCUGAGGCACAACCCAGUUUAUUCAUGUCUACUGGCGCUGUCUCUUCAGGUGUAACAGAAAGGAUACCAUCACUGGCCACUAGCUCAGGCACAAAAAUCUAUUCAACAGCUACAACUCUGGAAGUUUCCACAGAUCAACCAGGGACCACAGCCCUAUCGGUCACCCAUCCUGGAAAAGAAGGCACUUCAGAGGAUCUAUCUACAACUGUCUCACCUAGUGUUCCAGACAUGAUGACCUCAACAACUGUGAUCCACACUCCUUCUGAACCACAAACUGUAACAUCAGUCACCCAUGCUGGAGGACACCCCAGUUUAUCUAUGUCUACUCAGGCUGUCUCUUCAGGUGUAACAGAAAUGCCAUCAUCACCAGUAACUAGCUUGGGCACAGGAAGCUAUGUAAUUACUUCAACUCUGGAUGUUUCCAAAGGUCAGCAUGAGACUACAGCCCCAUUGGUCACCCAUCCUGAAAGCGAAGCCACAUCGGUGGCCCUAUCUUCAACCAUCUCACCUAGUGUACCAGAAAUGAUGACAUCACCUAGUCUUAUUUCUGCUGAACAACACAGCACAGUGUUAUUGGUCACCCAAUUUGAGGGACAGCCCAGUUCAGCCAUGUCUGUAAGCCCUGUCUCUCCAGGUGUAACAGAAAGGAUACCAUUACUUGUCACUACCUCAAACGUGGAAGGUCAUUCAGUGCCUUCAACUCUGUCUGUUUCCCCAGAUCAACAUACAGCCACAGGUUCAUGGGUCACCCAACCUUGGAAUGAAGGCACUUCAGAGAUUCUAAGUACAACUCUCUCAAAUACUGUUCCAGAUAUAAUGACCUCAACAGUUCUGACCCAGACUCCUUCUGAAGCACAGACAAUAACAUCAUUGGUCACCCAUCCUGGUGGACACUUCAGUUCAUCCAUGUCUACUCAGGCUUUCUCUUCAGGUGUAACGGAAAUGAUGACAUCACAGGCCACUACUUCUGGGACAGAGGCACAUGGAACCAGUCCAGCUCUACUUGUUUCCCAGGGUCAAACAGAGUCCACAGCCUCAUGGACAACACAUGCAGAAAGACAAGACACUUCAGGUGUUCUACCUAACUCCAUUUCAACUGGUGUUCCAGAUCUUGUUACUUCCACAACUCCUAUUCCUUCUGAACCACAUUCCACAGUUUCAUUUGUCACCCACAUUGGUGAACAGCCCAAUUCAGCCAUGCCUACUAUGGCUGUCUCUUCAGGUGUAACAGAAAUGAUACCAUCACUGGUCACUAGCUCUGGCAUGAAAAACUAUUCAACUCUGGCAGUUUCCACAGAUCAACCAGGGUCCACAGCCCCAUUGAUCACCAAUCCUGGAAAAGAAGACACUUCAGGAGUUCUAACUUCAACCAUCUCACCCAGUGUUCCAGACAUGAUGACCUCAACAAUUCUGACCCACACUCCUUCUGAAGCACAGACAAUAUCAUCGUUGGUCACCCAUACUAGUGGACAUCCCAAUUCAUCCAUGUCUACUCAUGCUGUCUCUUCAGGUGUAACAGAAAUGCUACAAUCACUAGUCACUAGCUUGGGCACAGAGAGUUAUGUAAUUACUUCAACUCUGGAUGUUUCCAUAGGUCAGCCUGAUACCACAGCCCAAUUGGUCACCCAUGCUGAAAGAGAAGCCACAUCACAGGUUCCACCUACUACCAUUUCAACUGGUGUUUCAGAAAUGAUGUCCACAACAACUCUUAUUUCAGCUGAACCACAGAGUGCAGUGUCAUUAGUCAUCCAUAUUGAGGGGCAGUCCAGUUCAACCUUGUCUACAAGUCCUGUCUCUCCAGAUAUUACAGAAAUGAUACCAUCACCAGUCACUAGCUCAAGCACAGAAAGCCAUUCAAUGACUCCAAAUCUGGUUGUUUCCCCAGAUCAACCAGGGUCCACAGCCCCAUGGGUCACCAAUCCUGGAACAGAAGACUUUUCAGGAAAUUUAUCUACAACUUUCUCACCUAGUGUUCCAGACAUGACCUCAACAACUAUGAUCCAUACUCCUUCUAAACUACAGACCAUAACAUCAUUGGUCACCCAUGCUGGAGGAUAUCCCAGUUCAUCCCUGUCAACUCAGGCUGUCUUUUCAGGUGUAACAGAAAUGCCACCAUCACUAGUCACUAGCUUGGGCACAGGAAGCUAUGUAAUUACUUCAACUCUGGAUGUUUCCAAAGAUCAGCCUGAGACCACAGCCCCAUUGGUCACCCAUCCUGAAAGAGACACAACAUCAGGGGUUCUACCUACAACAAUUUCAACUAGUGUUCCAGAAAUGAUGUCCACAACUACUCUUAUUCCUUCUGAACCAUAUAACACCAUGUCAAUCAUCACUCACAAUGAAGGACAGCCUAGUUCAAUCUUGUCUACAAGUCCUGUCUCUGUGGGUAUUACCGAUGUGAUACCAUCACUGGGCAUUAGCUUAAGCACAGAGAGCCAUUCCAUGACUUCAACUCUGGGUGCAUCUCCAGAUCAACUAGGGACCACAGCCCCAUUGGUCAUGCAUCCUGGAGAAGAAGGCUCCUCAGGGGAUCUAUCUAUAAUCAUUUCACCUAGUGUUCCAGACAUGAUGACCUCAAUAACUCUGAUCCACACUCCUUCUAAACCACAGACAAUAACAUCAUUGGUCAAUCAUGCUAGUGGACACCUCAGUUCAUCCAUGUCUACUCAGGCUGUCUCUUCAGGGAUAACAGAAAUGAUGACAUCACCAACCACUGCUUCUUGGACAGAGGCACAUGAAACCAGUCCAGCUCUACUUGUAUCCUCAGGACAAACAGAAACCACAGCCUCAAAGGUGACUUCUGCUAAAUGGGAAGAUACUUCAGGUGUUCUAACUACUACCAUUUCACCUAGAGUUCCAGACCAUGUUACUUUCACAACUCUUACUCCUUCUGAACCACAUUCCACAAUUUCAUUUGUCACCCACAUUGGUGAACAACCCAAUUCAGCCACGUCUACUCUGGCUGUCUCUUCAGGUACAACAGAAAUUAUACCAUCACUGUCCACUAGCUCUGGCACAAAAAACUAUUCAACAGCUACAACUCUGGAAGUUUCCACAGAUCAACCAGGGACCACAGCCCUAUCGGUCACCCAUCCUGGAAAAGAAGGCACUUCAGAGGAUCUAUCUACAACUGUCUCACCUAGUGUUCCAGACAUGAUGACCUCAACAACUGUGAUCCACACUCUUUCUGAACCACAAACCGUAACAUCAGUCACCCAUGCUGGAGGACACCCCAGUUUAUCUAUGUCUACUCAGGCUGUCUCUUCAGGUGUAACAGAAAUGCCAUCAUCACCAGUAACUAGCUUGGGCACAGGAAGCUAUGUAAUUACUUCAACUCUGGAUGUUUCCAAAGGUCAGCAUGAGACUACAGCCCCAUUGGUCACCCAUCCUGAAAGCGAAGCCACAUCGGUGGCCCUAUCUUCAACCAUCUCACCUAGUGUACCAGAAAUGAUGACAUCACCUAGUCUUAUUUCUGCUGAACAACACAGCACAGUGUUAUUGGUCACCCAUGUUGAGGGACAGCCCAGUUCAGCCAUGUCUGUAAGCCCUGUCUCUCCAGGUGUAACAGAAAGGAUACCAUUACUUGUCACUACCUCAAACGUGGAAGGUCAUUCAGUGCCUUCAACUCUGUCUGUUUCCCAAGAUCAACAUACAGCCACAGGUUCAUGGGUCACCCAACCUUGGAAUGAAGGCACUUCAGAGAUUCUAAGUACAACUCUCUCAAAUACUGUUCCAGAUAUAAUGACCUCAACAAUUCUGACCCAGACUCCUUCUGAAGCACAGACAAUAACAUCAUUGGUCACCCAUCCUGGUGGACACCUCAGUUCAUCCAUGUCUACUCAGGCUGUCUCUUCAGGGAUAACAAAAAUGAUGACACCACAGGCCACUACUUCUGGGACAGAGGCACAUGGAACCAGUCCAGCUCUACUUGUUUCCCAGGGUCAAACAGAGUCCACAACCUCAUGGACAACACAUGCAGAAAGACAAGACACUUCAGGUGUUCUACCUAACUCCAUUUCAACUGGUGUUCCAGAUCUUGUUACUUCCACAACUCCUAUUCCUUCUGAACCACAUUCCACAGUUUCAUUUGUCACCCACAUUGGUGAACAGCCCAAUUCAGCCAUGCCUACUAUGGUUGUCUCUUCAGGUAUAACAGAAAUGAUACCAUCACUGGCCACUAGCUCUGGCACAAAAACCAAUUCAACAGCUACAACUCUGGCAGUGUCCACAGAUCAAACAGGGACCACAGGUUCAUGGGUCACCCAUUCUGUAAAGGCAGACACUUCAGAUGUUAUAACUACAACCCUCUCAUCUAGUGCUCCAGAGAACUUAACCUCAACAAUUCUGACCCACACUCCUUCUGAAACACAGACCACAAUAUCAGUGGUUACCCAUGCUGAGGCACAACCCAGUUUAUCCAUGUCUACUGGCGCUGUCUCUUCAGGGAUAACAGAAAUGAUGACAUCACAGGCCACUGCUUCUGGGACAGAGGCACAUGGAACCAGUCCAGCUCUACUUGUUUCCCAGGGUCAAACAGAGUCCACAGCCUCAUGGACAACACAUGCAGAAAGACAAGACACUUCAGGUGUUCUACCUAACUCCAUUUCAACUGGUGUUCCAGAACUUGUUACUUCCACAAUUCCUACUCCUUCUGAACCACAUUCCACAGUUUCAUUUGUCACCCACAUUGGUGAACAACCCAAUUCAGCCAUGCCUACUAUGACUGUCUCUUCAGGUGUAACAGAAAUGAUACCAUCACUGGCCACUAGCUCAGGCACAAAAAUCUAUUCAACAGCUACAACUCUGGAAGUUUCCACAGAUCAACCAGGGACCACAGCCCUAUCGGUCACCCAUCCUGGAAAAGAAGGCACUUCAGAGGAUCUAUCUACAACUGUCUCACCUAGUGUUCCAGACAUGAUGACCUCAACAACUGUGAUCCACACUCCUUCUGAACCACAAACUGUAACAUCAGUCACCCAUGCUAGAGGACACCCCAGUUUAUCUAUGUCUACUCAGGCUGUUUCUUCAGGUGUAACAGAAAUGCCAUCAUCACCAGUAACUAGCUUGGGCACAGGAAGCUAUGUAAUUACUUCAACUCUGGAUGUUUCCAAAAAUCAGCCUGAGACCACAGCCCCAUUGGUCACCCAUCCUGAAAGAGACACAACAUCAGGGGUUCUACCUACAACAAUUUCAACUAGUGUUCCAGAAAUGAUGUCCACAACUACUCUUAUUCCUUCUGAACCAUAUAACACCAUGUCAAUCAUCACUCACAAUGAAGGACAGCCUAGUUCAAUCUUGUCUACAAGUCCUGUCUCUGUGGGUAUUACCGAUGUGAUACCAUCACUGGGCAUUAGCUUAAGCACAGAGAGCCAUUCCAUGACUUCAACUCUGGGUGCAUCUCCAGAUCAACUAGGGACCACAGCCCCAUUGGUCAUGCAUCCUGGAGAAGAAGGCUCCUCAGGGGAUCUAUCUAUAAUCAUUUCACCUAGUGUUCCAGACAUGAUGACCUCAAUAACUCUGAUCCACACUCCUUCUAAACCACAGACAAUAACAUCAUUGGUCAAUCAUGCUAGUGGACACCUCAGUUCAUCCAUGUCUACUCAGGCUGUCUCUUCAGGGAUAACAGAAAUGAUGACAUCACCAACCACUACUUCUUGGACAGAGGCACAUGAAACCAGUCCAGCUCUACUUGCAUCCUCAGGACAAACAGAAACCACAGCCUCAAAGGUGACUUCUGCUAAAUGGGAAGAUACUUCAGGUGUUCUAACUACUACCAUUUCACCUAGAGUUCCAGACCAUGUUACUUUCACAACUCUUACUCCUUCUGAACCACAUUCCACAAUUUCAUUUGUCACCCACAUUGGUGAACAACCCAAUUCAGCCACGUCUACUCUGGCUGUCUCUUCAGGUACAACAGAAAUUAUACCAUCACUGUCCACUAGCUCUGGCACAAAAAACUAUUCAACAGCUACAACUCUGGAAGUUUCCACAGAUCAACCAGGGACCACAGCCCUAUCGGUCACCCAUCCUGGAAAAGAAGGCACUUCAGAGGAUCUAUCUACAACUGUCUCACCUAGUGUUCCAGACAUGAUGACCUCAACAACUGCGAUCCACACUCCUUCUGAACCACAAACCGUAACAUCAGUCACCCAUGCUGGAGGACACCCCAGUUUAUCUAUGUCUACUCAGGCUGUCUCUUCAGGUGUAACAGAAAUGCCAUCAUCACCAGUAACUAGCUUGGGCACAGGAAGCUAUGUAAUUACUUCAACUCUGGAUGUUUCCAAAGGUCAGCAUGAGACUACAGCCCCAUUGGUCACCCAUCCUGAAAGCGAAGCCACAUCGGUGGCCCUAUCUUCAACCAUCUCACCUAGUGUACCAGAAAUGAUGACAUCACCUAGUCUUAUUUCUGCUGAACAACACAGCACAGUGUUAUUGGUCACCCAAUUUGAGGGACAGCCCAGUUCAGCCAUGUCUGUAAGCCCUGUCUCUCCAGGUGUAACAGAAAGGAUACCAUUACUUGUCACUACCUCAAACGUGGAAGGUCAUUCAGUGCCUUCAACUCUGUCUGUUUCCCAAGAUCAACAUACAGCCACAGGUUCAUGGGUCACCCAACCUUGGAAUGAAGGCACUUCAGAGAUUCUAAGUACAACUCUCUCAAAUACUGUUCCAGAUAUAAUGACCUCAACAAUUCUGACCCAGACUCCUUCUGAAGUACAGACAAUAACAUCAUUGGUCACCCAUCCUGGUGGACACCUCAGUUCAUCCAUGUCUACUCAGGCUGUCUCUUCAGGGAUAACAAAAAUGAUGACACCACAGGCCACUACUUCUGGGACAGAGGCACAUGGAACCAGUCCAGCUCUACUUGUUUCCCAGGGUCAAACAGAGUCCACAGCCUCAUGGACAACACAUGCAGAAAGACAAGACACUUCAGGUGUUCUACCUAACUCCAUUUCAACUGGUGUUCCAGAUCUUGUUACUUCCACAACUCCUAUUCCUUCUGAACCACAUUCCACAGUUUCAUUUGUCACCCACAUUGGUGAACAGCCCAAUUCAGCCAUGCCUACUAUGGUUGUCUCUUCAGGUAUAACAGAAAUGAUACCAUCACUGGCCACUAGCUCUGGCACAAAAACCAAUUCAACAGCUACAUCUCUGGCAGUGUCCACAGAUCAAACAGGGACCACAGGUUCAUGGGUCACCCAUUCUGUAAAGGCAGACACUUCAGAUGUUAUAACUACAACCCUCUCAUCUAGUGCUCCAGAGAAUAUAACCUCAACAAUUCUGACCCACACUCCUUCUGAAACACAGACCACAAUAUCAGUGGUUACCCAUGCUGAAGCACAACCUAGUUUAUCCAUGUCUACUGAGGCUGUCUCUUCAGGUGUAACAGAAAUGAUGACAUCAGUGGUCCCUAGCUCUGACACAAAAAACCAUUUAACAACUACAACUCUUGAAAUUUCCACAGAUCAACUAGGCACCACAGCCCUAUGGGUUACCCAUCCUGGAAAGGAAGAUACUUUAGAGAUUCUAUCUACAACUGUCUCACCUAGUGUUCCACACAUGAUGACCUCAACAACUCUGAUCCAUGCUCCUUCUGAACCACAGACCGUAACAUCAUUAGUCACACAUCCUAGUGGACACUUCAGUUCAUCCAUGUCUACUCAGGCUGUCUCUUCAGGUAUAACAGAAAUGCCACCAUCACUAGUCACUAGCUUGGGCACAGAAAGCUAUGCAAUGACUACAACUCUGGCUGUUUCGCCAGGUCAAACUGAGACCGCAAUCAAAUGGGUCACCCAUCCUGGAAGAGAAGGCACUUCAGAGGUUCUAUUUACAACCAGCUCACCUACUGUACCAGAAAUGAAGACCUCACCAACUCUUAUUCCUUCUGAACCACAUACCACAGUUUCAUUUGUCACCAACACUGGGGAACAGCCCAAUUCAGCCAUGUCUACAAGGCCUGUCUCUUCAGGUAUAACAGAAAGAAUACCGUCACUUGUCACUAGUUCUGGCACAGAAAUCCAUCCAAUGACUUCAACUCUGGCUGUUUCCUCAGGUCAAACAGAGUCCACUGCCCCAUGGGUCACCCAUCCUGAAAAAGAAGACACUUCAGGAGUUCUAACGUCAACCCUCUCACCAAGUGUUCCAGACACGAUGGCCUCAACAUCUCUGAACCACAUUACUUCUGAACCACAGACCAUAACAUUGGUCACCCAUGCUGGGGGACAGACCAGUUUAUCCAUGUCUCCUCAGGCUGUCUCUCCCCAUGUAACAGAAAUGAUACCAUCACUAGUCACUAGAACUGGCAUGCCAGAAAUGACCUCACCAAAUCAUAUUUCUUCUGAAGCACAUGCCACAAUUUCUUUUGUCACCCACGUUGAGGGACAGCCCAGUUCAGCUGUAUCUACAAGGCCUGUCUCUUUCCAUGUAACAGAAACAAUACCAUCACUAGUCACUAGCUCUCACAUAGAAAGGGAUUCAGUGUCUUCCACUCUGACUGCUUCUCCAGGUCAACCAGAGACCACAGCCUCGUGGGUCACCCAUUCUGUAACAGAAGCCACUUUGAGUAUUCUAAGGACAUCCAUCUCUCCUAGUGUUCCAGACAUGAUGUCCUCACCAACUCUUUUUUCUUCUGAGCCACAUACCAUGAUAUCCUUGGUCUCCCAUGUUGAGGGACAGCCCAGUUCAGCCAUGUCUACAAGCCCUGUCUCUCCAGCUAUAACAGAAAUGAUGACAUCACCAGUCACUACUUCUGAGACAGAGACACAUACAGCUACUCCAACUCUGACUGUUUCCUCAAGUCAAACAGAGACCACAGCCUCCUGGGUCACCCAUCCUAGAAAAGAAGCAACUUCAACAAUUUCUACUUUGUCUGCUUUACCUAAAGAGCCAAAAAGUACUGAAGCAUGGCUCAUUCCUUCUGCCAAGCCCAGCACACCACUCUCCACAACACCUCCCACAUUUUCUUAUAGUGGAUCAGACAUCACUUCCUCAGCUUCUGGGGCAGAGACCACUCCAGCUACAACCUUUUCAUCUGGUGCUUCUGAAGGAACAGCCUCUCUCCCAGUCCUCUCUGGGACCGAGACCAGCACCACCAUUCUAACUGUAACCCCUGCCCCUGCUUUAGCAGGCACCACAGGCUUAGGGGCUUCCAUCUCUUCAGCAGAAUCCACUCUGACUAUGUCCCCUAGUGUCCCUGGGUUUCCUGGUGCUCCUACAACCAGUAAAUCUGGCAAUGCAACUUCACAGAGCCUAGAAACCUCAGCAUCUGUCACUACAGUUAGACUUCCCAAUUUUGUCAGUGGUGUAGUGACCUUGACACCAUCAGAGUCCUCAGCAAGCCCACUCACUGACCUGGAAACCACAAGUGAGACUUCUCAUUUAGCUAUCACAAGUUUAAGACCCACUGGCUCUAAGACCACAACUACACUACAUGCAAGUCCUUAUGCCCCUCUGACCACAUCUAAAAUGUCCACAUGGUCCUCUGAGAAUGUGACUUCAAGACCAGGUACAACCCCAUCUCUGGGACACUUCACCCUCAACUUCACUAUAACCAACCUGCGCCAUAGAGAGGGCAUGGGAUCCCAAGGAUCUGAAAUAUUCAACAGCACAGAGAGAAUCUUGAAUCGAUUGCUCAAGCCCAUGUUCGAGAAUACCAGUAUCGGGCACCUUUAUUCUGGUUGUAGACUGAUCUCGCUGAGGCCUGAGAAAGAUGGAACAGCCACCGGAGUGGAUGCUGUCUGCACUCACCAUUCUGAUCCCAUGGGCCUUACACUGGACAGAGAGAAGCUGUACUGGGAAUUUAGUCAUAAUACCCAAGGUGUCACCAAGCUAGGAUCCUUCGCUUUAGAAAAGGACAGUCUGUACAUCAAUGAUUUUACUCAUCGAACCUCUGCUUCCACUCCCAACACGCCUGUGACCUCUUCUCUGUUUUUCACAGGGACCUCCACCGAACACCCUAACCUCUCUACAGUGGUCACGCCUGUCAUUGCCCAGUUCACCCUCAACUUCACCAUCACUAACCUGGAGUUCAAGGAAUACAUGCUGUACCACAGCUCCAGGAAAUUCAGCACUCUGGAGCGAGUCCUCCAGCACCUGCUCAAACCCCUGUUCAAGACCAGCAGUCUGGGAUCCCUCUAUUCAGGCUGUGCACUGGUGGCACUCAGGUCUAAGAAGGACGGAACAGCCACCAGAGUGGAUGCCAUCUGCACGUAUCACCCUGACCCCAAAGGCCACAGAUUGGACAGGGAGCAGCUAUACUGGGAGCUGAGUAGGUUGACUCAUAGUGUCACCAGAUUGGAUCCCUACACCCUGGACAGGGACAGCCUCUAUGUCAAUGGUUUCACCCAUCAGAGCUCUGCGCUUAUCACCACCUUGACCCAUUCCCUGGUGCCUUUUACCCUCAACUUCACCAUUACAAAUCUACAAUACACACCAGUUAUGAAACACCCAGGAUCCUUAAAGUUCAACAAAACCGAGACAGUCCUGCAGCACCUGCUUGCUGCUGUGUUCAAGAAUACCACCAUUGGUCCAUUGUACUCUGGGUGCCAGCUGACCUUGCUCACGCCUGAGAAGGAUGGAUCAGCCACUGGAGUGAACAUGAUCUGUACCCAUCGAUCUGAGCCCACAGGCAUGGGGCUAGACCCAAAGCAGCUGUACUGGGAGCUGAGUCAUGAGACCCAUGGCAUCACCCAGCUGGACUUUAUGACUCUGGACAAGAACAGCCUUUAUGUCAAUGGUUAUAACCAUUGGUUCCUGACCUCAACCACUAGCAUGCCGGUCUCUCCUCUGGUGCCUUUCACCAUCAACUUCACCAUCACUAACCUCAAGUAUGAGGACGGCAUGCGUCACCCUGGGUCCUGGAAGUUCAAUGCCACUGAGAGAAUCCUACAGAGACUGCUCUGGCCUCUGUUCAAUAAGACGAGUAUUAGCCUCCUGUAUUCUGGCUGCAGACUGAUAUCGCUCAGGCCUGAGAAAGACAAAGCAGCUACAGGAGUAGAUGCUAUCUGUACUCACCAUCCAGACCCCACUGGAUCUGAGCUGGACAAUGAGCAGGUGUACUGGGAAUUGAGUGAGCUGACCAAUGGUAUCAGCCAGCUGGGCCCUUACACCUUAGACCACAACAGCCUUUACAUCAAUGGUUAUACAUACCAGAUCCUGUCCACCACAUCCAUGACAGCAGGCCCUGUCCUGGUACAUUUUACUAUCAACUUCACCAUAAUUAACUUGGCAUUUGAGGAGGACAUGAGUCGCCCUGGAUCCAGAAAGUUCAAUAUCACUGAGAGAACCCUGCAGAGCCUGCUGAGGCCCUUGUUCCAAAAAUCCAGUGUUGGUUCCCUGUAUUCUGGCUGCAUACUGACCUCACUCAGAUCUGAAAAUGAUGGUGCAGGCACAGGAGUGGAUGCUGUCUGCACUUACCAUCCUGACCCCACUGGCCUGGCACUGAACAGAAAGACAAUGUAUUGGGAGCUCAGCAGGCUGACCUAUGGUGUCAGCAGACUGGGUCCUUACACUCUGGACAAGAGCAGUCUCUAUGUCGAUGGUUACACACAUCAAAUCCUGUUUACCACCACCAGGACUUCUAUGAUGACCACUGCUUCUAUGGAAAUGACUGCCAACUCUCCCAGCCCUACAGUAAAUCCCCUUCCAGUGCCUUUUACCAUCAACUUCACUGUCAUUAAUCUGGAGUAUGUGGAGGACAUGGGUCACUCAGGAUCCAGGAAGUUCAAUGCCACUGAGAGAAUCCUGCAGAGACUGCUCAGGGCACUGUUCGGUAAAACCAGUGUUGGCCCACUGUACUCUGGAUGCAGACUGACAUUGCUCAGGUCUGAGAACAAUGGAACAGCCACGGGAGUAGAUGCCAUCUGCACCUACCACCCCCAAACCUCUAAUCAAUGGCUGGAUAGAGAGCAUCUGUACUGGGAGCUGAAAAGAUUGAAUGAUGGCAUCAUGCAGCUAGGACCCUACACCCUGGACCAGAACAGUCUCUCUGUCAAUGGUUAUACACAGCACAUUCUGGCCACCACCCACAAAACAUCAGUAAUGGCCACUGUUUCUGAAGAAAUGCCAAACAUUCCCUCCACUCCCACAGCAGCAGGCCCUGUCCAGUUGCUUUUCAGCAUCAACUUCACCAUCAUUAACCUGGAGUUUGAGGAGGACAUGAGUCACCCUGGAUCCAGGAAGUUCAAUAUCACUGAGAGAACCCUGCAGAGCCUGCUCAGGCCCUUGUUCAAAAAAAUCAGUGUUGGUCCAUUAUAUUCUGGCUGCAGACUGACCUUGCUCAGGUCUGAGAACAAUGGAGCAGCAACAGGGGUGGAUGCCACCUGUACCUACCACCUAGACUCUGCUGACCACAGGCUGGAAAAUGAGCAGAUAUACGGGGAGCUCAGCAGUCUGACCAAGGGUGUCACCGAACUGGGCCCAUACAUCCUGGACCAGCACAGUCUCUAUGUCAAUGGUUACACCCACCAGAUCCUGACUACCACCCCUGGAACUUCAAGCUCUGCUCUGCUGCUGUAUACUCUUAACUUCACUAUCACCAAUCUACCCUACACGAAGGACAUGUGGGGCCCAGGAUAUGCCAAGUUCAAACAAGUGGAGAAAGUCUUGCAGUUUCUGCUCAGACCUUUGUUCCAAAACACCAGUGUUGGCCUACUGUAUUCUGGUUGCAGACUGACCUCACUCAGGCCAAAGAAGAAUGGAGAGGCUACCAAAGUAGACAUGGUUUGCACUUACCACCAAUAUUCCACAGGCACUGAUCUGGACAGAGAGCAACUAUACUCAGAACUAGAAGAGCUCACCCACAGCAUCACUCAACUGGGUCACUAUACCCUGGACCAGAAUAGUCUCUAUGUCAAUGGUUACACACACCAGAUUGCAGUAACCAGCACCAGCACUAUACAAUCACCCUUGGUAUUAUUUACCCUCAACUUCACCAUCACCAACCUAUUUUACGAGGAGGACAUGCAGCCCCCAGAUUCCAAGAAGUUUAACACCACAGAGAGGAUCCUGCAGAGCCUACUUGAGUCCUUGUUCAGAAACACCAGCAUAGGCCCUUUGUAUGCUGGCUGCAGACUGACUUUGCUCAGUCCCAGGAAGGAUGGAGAAGCCACUGGAGUGGACACAGUUUGCACCUAUCACCCUGACCACAUAGGUCAGGGCCUGGCCAGAGAGCAACUGUACUUGGAGUUGAGCAAGCUGACCUAUGGUGUCACUCAGCUGGGCCCCUACACUCUGGAUCAGGACAGUCUCUAUGUUAAUGGUUACACCCAUCCAGCCUCAGAUACCAUCCCUAACAGCAAUGGUACUGUCAUGGUACCCAUAACUCUCAACUUCACCAUCACCAACUUACACUAUACAGAGGAGAUGGGAAAUCCCGGUUCCUUGAAGUUCAACUCCACUAAGUGGGUCUUACAUUAUUGGCUUGAGACCUUACUCAAUAAGACCAGCAUUGCCCCACACUAUUCUGGAUGCAGAUUGUCUUCACUCAGGUCUGACAACUAUGGAGCCACAGGAGUGGACAUAAUCUGCACCUUCCAUUUCGACACCAUGAGACCUGGGUUAGACCAAGAUCAGCUAUUUUGGGAGUUGAGUCACGAGACCCAUGGCAUCACCCGUCUGGGUCCCUACACCCUGGACCAGAACAGUCUCUACAUCAACGGUUACCAUUUUGGAGCUGCAGCCCCAGCUACCACCACUGGGGAAGUCAGUGAGGAGAUGUUCACAGUGAACUUCACCAUCAACAACCUGCGCUACUCAGCCGACAUGGGCCAGGUUGGCUCCCCCAAGUUCAACAUCACGGAUACACUCAUGCAGCACCUGCUUGGCCCUUUGUUUCAGAGGAGCAGCCUUGGCCCCCUAUACACAGGCUGUAGAGUAGCCACUCUGAGGUCAGUGAAGAAUGGUGCCCAGACCCAGGUAGAUGUCCUUUGCACCUACCACCAGGUUCCCACUGGUCUGGGACUGCCUGCCAAAUCAGUUUUCUAUGACCUAAGCUGGCAGACUCGUGGAAUCACCCGGCUGGGUCCUUACUCCCUGGAUAAAGACACCCUUUACAUCAAUGGUUACAAUGAACCUGGUCCAGAUGUACCUCCUACAACUCCAGAACCAGCCACCACCAUCUUGCCCUCCCCAUCGACAUCUCUACAGCCAGAGUCCAAUACAGCUAUGUGGCACCACCUGGAAACCUUCACAAUCAACUUUACCAUCUCCAGUCUUCCAUAUUCAGCAGACAUGAUCAGUGGCUCAGCCAUGUUCAACUCCACUGAGAAUGUCCUACAACACCUGCUUGGGCCCUUGUUCCAGAAUAGCUCCUUUAACUCAAGUUGCAGACUGACCUCCCUCAGCCCUAAGAAGAAUGGGACAUUCACAAGUGUGGUUACCACCUGUACCUACCAGCAUGACCCUGCACAUCCUGGAAUGGAUACACAGGGUCUAUACUCAGAACUGAGCCAUCUGAGCCAUGGAGUCACCCAACUGGGAAACUACACACUGGAGAAGCAUAGCCUCUAUGUGAAUGGUUAUAAUGAACUUGGCUCAGACAUACUUACUACAACUCCUGAGCCAAGCACCACCAUCCUGCCUUUUAUACUGACAUCUGUGCAGCCAGAAUCCUCCACAGCUGUGGAGCAUCAUCUGAAGACUUUCACAAUCAAUUUUACCAUCUCUAAUCUUCCAUAUUCAGAAGAUAUGAUCUAUAGUUCAGCCAUGUUCAAUUCCACUGAGAGUGUUCUACAGCACUUGCUUAGACCCUUGUUACAGAAUAUAUUCUUCAACUCAAGCUGCAGACUGACCUCCCUCAGACCUGAGAAGAAUCAAAACUCCACUAGUGUAAAUGUCGUUUGCUCCUACCAACAUGAUUCUGCACAUCCUGGGCUGCACACACAGGAGAUGUAUUCAGAGCUGAGCCAUCUGACCCAUGGAGUCACUCAGCUGGGCAAUUAUACAUUGGACAAAGACAGUCUCUAUGUGAAUGGUUAUAGUGGAACUGGUACAGAAGAAUCAACCAUAAAUCCUGAAUUGGCCACUACCAUACUGCCUUCUCCAUCAAUAUCUGUGCAAACAGAAUCCACCACAGCUGUGGGGCACCAUAUGAAGACUGUCACAGUGAGUUUCAUCAUUUCCAACCUUCCAUAUUCAGCAAGUAUGAACAAUGGCUCAGCUGUGUUCAAUUCCACUGAGACUCUCCUGAAGAACCUGUUGGAACCCUUGCUCCAUAAUGUUUUUUUCAACUCAAGUUGUAGACUAGAUUCCCUCAGGCCUAAGAAUAAUGGAACAGCCACUGGUGUGGAUGCCAUCUGCACCUACCACCAUGACCCUUCACAUCCUGGGAUGGACAUCCAAGGACUGUACUCAGAGCUGAAAAAUCUAACCCAGGGAAUCACCCAGCUGGGCAACUACUCACUGGACAAGGACAGUUUAUAUGUCAAUGGUUAUAAUAAACCUGCUCCAGAAGAACCUCUUACAACUCCUGAGCCAGCCAGCACUACCCUACCUUCUUCAUCUACAUCUCUGCAUCCAGAACCUGCCACAGCUAUGGGGCACCAUCUGGAGAUCCUAACAAUCAACUUUACCAUAACCAAUCUUCCAUAUUCAUCAAAUAUGAGCAAUGGCUCAGCUGUGUUCAGCUCAACUGAGAGUGUCCUGAAGUACCUGCUUGGACACUUGUUCCAAAAUGGCUCCUUCAACUCAACUUGCAGUUUGGAUUCCCUCAGGCCUAAGAAUAAUGGAACAGCCACUGUUGUGGAUGCCAUCUGCACCUACCACCAUGACUCUUCACAUCCUGGGAUGGACAUCCAAGGACUGUACUCAGAGCUGAAAAAUCUAACCCAGGGAAUCACCCAGCUGGGCAACUACUCACUGGACAAGAACAAUCUAUAUGUCAAUGGUUAUAAUGAACAUGGUGCAGAAGGACUUUCUACAACUCCUGGGUCACCUACCACCAUCCUGGCUUCUCCAUCAAAAUCUGUGCAGCCAGAACCCACAACAGCCAUGGGGCAUUUGAAGACUUUCACACUCAAUUUCACUAUCUCCAACCUCCCAUACUCAGCAGACAUGAGCUCAGCCAUGUAUAAUUCCACUGAGAAGAUCCUGCAGCACCUGCUUGGACCCUUGGUCCAGAAUGAAUCCCUCUAUUCAGAUUGCAGACUGGUUUCCCUCAGGCCCAAGAAGAAUGGAACAGCCACUGGUGUGAGUGCUAUCUGCUCCUACCACCAUAACCCAGCAUAUCCUGAGCUUGACACUCAGGAGCUAUAUACAAAGCUGAGUCAGCUGACCCAUGGCAUCACCCAUCUGGGUAGCUACAUGCUGGACCAGAAUAGUCUCUAUGUCAAUGGUUACACUCACCAGAUUACAAGAACUACACCUAGUGGCUAUGUGCUUCAGAAUGUAACCAUAAAGGGCAAGUACCAGAUAAACUUUCGAAUCAUCAACUGGAACCUUAGCAACACAGACCCAACAUCUUCAGAGUAUGUCACUCUAGAGAGGGACAUCGAAGAUAAGGUCACCACACUCUACACAGGCAGCCAGCUACAAGAAAUAUUCCAGUCUUGUCUGGUCACCAACUUGACGUCGGGCUCCGUGAUGGUCACUAUCAAGGCAUUGUUCUCCUCUUAUCUUGACCCCAACCUUGUGAAGCAAGUCUUUUUAAAUAAGACAUUGAAUGCCUCCUCCCACUGGCUGGGUGCCACCUACCAGCUGACAGAUCUGCAUGUGAUAGACAUGAAGCCACCCAUUCUUCUGCCAACAGAAGUCCCAACAACCAGUUCCAGCUCUCAGCAUUUCAACCUGAACUUCACCAUCACCAAUCUACCCUAUUCCCAAGACAUAGCCCAGCCAGGCACCAGCAAACACCAGCAAAACAAAAGAAGUAUUGAAUAUGCGCUCAACCAGCUUUUCAGAAACAGCAGCAUCAAGAGUUACUUUUCUGACUGUCAAGUUUUAGCCUUCAGGUCUGUCUCCGACAGCAACCACACAGGAGUUGAUUCCCUGUGUAACUUCUCACCAUUGGCUCGGCGAGUGGACCGAGUUGCUAUUUAUGAGGAAUUCCUGCGGAUGACACAAAAUGGCACCCAGUUGCUGAACUUCACCCUGGACAGGAAGAGUGUCCUUGUCGAUGGAUAUUCUUCAAACAGGGAGGAUGAUGUGAUAAAGAAUUCUGGUCUUCCCUUCUGGGCCAUCAUUCUCAUCUGCUUGGCGGUACUACUGGUACUCAUCACAUGCCUGAUGUGCUGUUUCCUGGUAACUGUCUGCAGAAGAAAAAAGGAGGGAGACUACCAGGUUCAACGUCACCGCCUAGGUUAUUACCUGCCUCACCUAGACCUGAGGAAGUUCCCAUGACUCCACCUACCUUUUCCCUAGCAGGAUCCAAAGAAUAAAUAAACCACAUUGAUCAGACUCA